AUGGCGGAUGACUGGGAAGAGAUUCGCCGGCUUGCCGCGGACUUCCAGAGAGCGCAGUUUGCUGACACAGUGCAAAGGCUCUCAGAAAGGAAUUGCAUUGAAAUAAUUGCAAAACUAGUCCAAGACAAGAAGCUGGAGGUGGUGCACACACUGGAUGGCAAGGAGUACGUCACCCCAGCUCAGAUCAGCAGGGAGAUCCGAGAUGAACUCUACGUGCACGGAGGGAGAAUCAACAUCGUGGACCUCCAGCAGAUCAUCAAUGUGGAUUGGGUCCAUGUUGAAAACAGAGCAAAUGAAAUUGCCAAGUCUGAUAAAGGGGUUCAGCUUGUGCUGGGACAGCUGAUUGAUGACACAUAUCUGGACCGUUUAGCUGAAGAAGUGAAUGACAAACUGCAGGAGGCUGGUCUGAUCAGUGUUGCAGAGCUGUGUAAAAGCUAUGACCUCCCAGGAGACUUCUUAACUGAGGAGUUGUUGAAGCGUCUUGGAAAGAUUAUCCAUGGAGAAAUGGACCAGUACAACAGAGGAGUCAUAUUCACUCCGGCUUUUGUUGCUCGCCACAAAGCCAGAAUACAAGGGCUUUUCAGUGCAGUCACAAGGCCAACAGCUGUCAGCAGCAUAAUCGCAGCGUUUGGAUUUCAGGAACACCUCCUGUACUCCGUCUUGGAGGAGUUGGUGAAUACUGGACGUCUGAAAGGAAGUGUGGUUGGAGGGCGACAAGACAAAGCUGUGUAUGUCCCUGAUAUCUAUACCAAAACACAGAACGCCUGGGUGGACUCAUUCCUGCAGCAGAAUGGAUAUUUAGAGUUUGAUGCGCUGGUCAGGCUGGGGAUCCCCGACCCAUCCAGCUACAUUAAGAAGCGCUUCAAGUCUAACAAGCUGCUGUUCCUCAGAGCGGCCUGUGUGGGUCAGGCUCUGGUCGACCAGGUGGAGGCCUCUGUGGAGGAAGCUGUCAACUCUGCCACUUGGGCUGACCUCCAGCCAAUUCUGCCCAGCUGCUUGUCAACGGAGGACACCGGGAUACUGAUUAACCAGGCUAUGAGAAACAGUAACGUCCAAUCGUCUGCCAGAAUCCUGGGAGGCACCGUGGUUGUCAGUGAGAAGUUCAUCAGCAACUGCCUCUCUUUAUUUGAUGAGGCCAUGCAGCAGAAAGCUCAGAAAGAAGUUAAGAACAAUCCCGUGUUUUUGAUAACUGAAGAGGAUCUGAAGCAAGCUUCUAUUCUGACCGAGAGCGCCGCACCUUCUAAGAAGGAGAAGAGAGAGGCGGAGCGCAGGAAGAAGGCAGCAGAGGGCAGUGGCAGCGUGAAAGCAGGCGGAGGAGGCAAUGCCAGAGAGAUCCGGAUUCGUAAAACCAAGAAGAAAGGAAGGAGAGACGAGGACAGCGAUGAGGAAACUGGACAUUCCCAGCAAAAUCGCAGCAGACAAACUGAAACCCCCUUUAUGGCCCAGGAGGCGAUCGUAGCUGUUUUAGAGGAGCGAGUGAAUGACUGCCCUGAAGAAGUCCUGUCUGAGCUGGCAGAGCAUUUAGUCAGGCCUCUGACUAAAGCCUACCAGGAGGUGCUGCGGACAGUGUUUAUGUCCUCCACCAGCUCUCCAUCAGGGGCAAACAAGAAGAAGAGCUUGAAGGAUCUGCAGGAAGAGAUCACCAACCUGUACAACAACAUCCGACUGUUUGAAAAAGGCACCAAGUUCUUUUCCGAUGAUACCCAGGUCCACAUCGCCAAGCACGUCCUGAAGACCGUGUGCACCGAUGUCAGUAACAUCCUGGUUAACUUCCUGGCUGCUGACCUAAUGAUGUCUGUGGAGAAUCCCAGCACCAUCACCACCGAGGUCAGAGUGAAGAUUUUGGGCAAACUGCCAGAGGAGACCAAAGGGCCUCUGUUGAAGCUGCACAACUGCCUCAAUGGCAAAACCAUUGAAGACUUUGUGACUAACCUGGAGACAUGUGCUGAGGAGUGUGGAUUCAUGCUUAAGAAAGGGGACAAGAAAAAGGAGAGACAGGCCCUGUUCCUGCAUCGCCAGGCUCUGACUGAGCAGCUGAAGGACACUGAGGAUCCCGCUCUGGUCCUCCACCUGACCAGCGUGCUGCUGUUUCAGGCCAGCACCCACUGCAUGCUGCACGCCCCAGGCCGCUGUGUGCCUCAGAUCAUCGGCACACUCACAGGCCGAAUAUCUGCGGAGCAGCAGCAGCUGCUGUCUACCUACCAGAGCUUGGUGGUGAAGCAGCUCAUGAGCCAGAGUCAGAGCAAGAAGCAGGAGGAUGCCGAGGAGCGGGACGAGGAGGCGAGGAGCACCCGCACUCAACUGCAGACCCUUACGCCACAGGUGAAGGACCUGGUUCUGUCCCAGAGGAAGACAUCUGUCAAUGAGGACUGAAAAGUUCAAAGGAGAGAGGAAGGAAUGUCACAAGGAAUCUGUGAUUGAAUCUUUUAAAGGUCUAACAUGUACACCCGUGCUGCUGCUGUGUCAGCUGGUCCUAUUUUUUUAUGAUUUCUCCAUGUGGGCAUCAUUGUAAAUUAUUAAAGGAAAUCGCUUUGUAGGAUGUCUCCCUGUAAACCUACCUAACACGCCUGUCCUCAGUGAGGUUCUGAAUAACUGGUUUAUUAAAUGCUUCCCUC